UCUGGUGACAUGGUUCACCUGCACCGUGCGUUUAUAUAUAAAAAGCUGCAGACUCGGGAGUCUCCCCUGGACCAGAGGACCGCUCACCAUGAAGCUGCUCGCCCGCACCGCGUGUCUCUGCCUGGCCCUCGCUCUGACCUGGGCUGACUCGCCCGAAGACCAUGCCUCAGCCGCCCCUGACCGCUGCGUUGAGGGUUUUGAGCUGGACGCUGCCACAGUGAACGAGGAGGGAAUCCCCUACUUUUUCCAGGGCGACUAUCUGUUCAAGGGCUUUCACGGCAAUGCAGAUCUGGCUAAUGAGACCUUCCCCGAGCUGGACGAGCAUCACCACCUGGGCCACGUGGACGCCGCUUUCCGCAUGCACUACGAGGACAACCCCGACCACGACCACCUGUUCCUCUUCCUGGACCACACUGUGUUCAGCUAUUACCAGCACAAGCUGGAAGACGGCUUCCCCAAGAACAUCUCCGAGGUCUUCCCCGGAAUCCCCGACCACCUGGACGCCGCCGUGGAGUGUCCCAAGCCCGAGUGCGACGAAGACUCUGUCAUCUUCCUCAAGGGAAACAAGAUCUACCAAUACCACGUCGCAACCAAGGCCGUGAAUGAGAAGGAGUUCAGCUCCAUGCCCAACUGCACGGCUGCUUUCCGCUUCAUGGAGCAUUACUACUGCUUCCACGGACACAUGUUCAGCAAGUUCGACCCAACCACGGGUGACGUGCACGGAAGAUACCCCAAAGAGGCACGCGACUACUUCACCAGAUGCUCAAAGUUCAGCGAGGAGAGCGACCACGUGGAGAGAGAGCGCUGCAGUCGCGUUCACCUCGAUGCCAUCACGUCCGACAACGCUGGAAACAUGUACGCCUUCAGAGGCCACCAUUUCAUCAGUAAAGACGAGGGCAAUGACACACUGAAGGCCGACACCAUCGAGAACGCCUUCAAGGAGCUGCACAGCGAGGUGGACGCCGUCUUCUCUUACGAGGAUCACCUUUACAUGAUCAAGGACGACCAAGUGUUUCUUUACAAAGUUGGGGAGCCCCACACCCACCUGGACGGUUACCCCAAGCCUGUGAAGGAGGAGCUGGGCAUCGAGGGGCCCAUUGAUGCCGCGUUUGUCUGCGAGGAUCAUCACAUCGCUCACCUCAUCAAAGGUCAGAAAAUCUACAGUGUGGAGUUGAAGGCCAGUCCUCGCGUUGCCAGCAAUGAGCGUACGAUCUCCCUCUUCAAGAAGGUCGACGCUGCCAUGUGCGACAGCAAAGGAGUCAAAGUGUUCGUAGGCAACCACUUCUACCACUUUGAAAGCACCAUGGUGUUUGUUGCCGGCAGGGCCCUGCCUGAGCAGCACAGAGUUUCCCUGGAGCUGUUCGGCUGUGAUCACUGAGAGGCUUCUGGACAGGACUGUGUAGAACGUCACUUACAACGCAAUGAAUCAUGGGAUGAAAAGAAAAACAGCACCAGCAACAUCAUACAUGAGGCCCCUGAUAAGUCAGCAAUGUCUCACACUGUUUCUUCCGUGUUUUACCUCAAAUUAGCCUUCAGUCUGCUUUGUUUCUUCAUGGAGGAGUUCUCACUUUUCAUAAGCUCAGCGGUCCGCUGUGUAACGGGUGCUACUGAGAAGUUCGACUGCAUGUUCUUUCUGUGAUUCAUGUGGUGCGGUGUUGUUGUGAAUAAAGAGGAGAAGCAACAAACUA